AUGUCUUUAAACCUGAGAGGUGCCAUCAUUGUUCAGCUUGCAACAGGUGUGUACUUAAUAUGGAUCAUCAUUGCCCUUGGAUAAAUAAUUUUUCACAUUUACCUUGUCAAUCAUAACAAAACUACAAUCGAAAACCUUGAUAAAAAAGGUGCUGAGUAUAAAAGUUUAUAUGAUGUUGGAAAAGACAUAAAUUGGCAAUAAGUUUUUGGCACAAAUAGAUUACUUUGGCCAUUCCCUGUUUUUAUGGGAAGUGGUAAACCGUUAGGUGAUGGAAUCUAUUGGGAAACCAAUCAAAAAGAUGAUAAAAAUUCACAAGCUAGUCCAAGCACUAAUAGAAGAACAUCUAUGUCUCCUUAGAAGUAAGCAUAAAAUAAUCAAACUCCAGGAGUUAAACAUGGAUAAGGGAAUUCUCAAAAUAUGAGUAAUAAUCAAAAUUAAUUUAGCGCUUAAAACAGAUUAGCUUCUAAUGAUGCAACACCAAACUAGUACAAAGCUUAAAAUGGUGCAUUCUCACCUUAAGAUUCAAUCAAUAACAGAUAUUAAAACUAGCCAUAAAACUACUAGAGAUAUCAGUAGUAAUAACAAUAUCAGCAGCAAUAAUAAUAGUUCCAAUAAUAAUAAUAGCAGCAAAUGUAUUAAUAAAAUCCAGAUAAUAGAAUAAUAAUGCAUUAAGAAGAUAAUAGAGAGGUAAUGAGAAGAAAUCUUCAAGCUAUAUCUUAAAACUACUAAAAGGCUUAGCAACUUAGCUCUAACUUAGUUUAAAAUCAAGUUAGAUAGAGCUAAGCUUCUGCAAAUCGAAAUACUGGAUCAGCUAAUAAAACUGCUGGAAGAACAGGAGUUGGAUAACUAUCAGGAAAAGGUGGAGGAAGUGGAACAGUAAAGGGUUUAACAAGAAAAAGUAAACCAUGA